AUGAGUCUGGAAUCGAGGUACUUUAUCAAUUGGUUCUUGAAGAACCAAGAUGGCAAAGAUUAUACCGAUAUUCAACUCGAAGAGGAAGGAGCGGCGCUCGCGUUCGCAUGCAGGGGAGAGGACUCAGAGGAGAGACUGUUCGAUGUUGUUCAAUGUUCGGCGCUGCCAACUACAUUUACAUGUAAAAGCGGGUGUAAGGCAUAUGCCGAUAAUGUUGCUGCUGCUGGUCUCGCUGGAAUGGCUCCAGAAGAUUUUCGAGUAAAAGAAAUCGAUCACGUGAAGAGGCGACAGAACCCAGUCACGCGAUGUGAGUGA